ACCCCGGUAGCGCUGCGCGUGAUUUGCAUGCGUAUACGAGCCGCGCUGGCGCUGCCUGCAUGCGUGCUUGCUGCGGAGGUACAUAUAGGGCUGAGGACGCCCCGCGUAUGAACCUGUCCGCCUUACAUAUAUCAUACAGUACCUAGCAAUAGGUAGCAUCCAACAAGCACGCCACAAAACCACCACCAAACACAAACAACGCCAACACCACAAGCACACACACAAUGGCCGCCCACCUCGCCUACCAAAGCACGCUCCAACAGACUCGCUCCUCGGCCCUCCUCUCCCCCAGCGCGAACACGCCCGCCGCGCAAGCUCGCAAGGCGCGCGCCGUCGCUGACUUCGAGGCGGAUGUGGCGGUCGCAAAAGCAGCCCGGCGCAACGACACCAACGACACCAACGAAGAGCAAGAAGCGGAGCGGGAAAGGGGGAGGGGCAGCAGGAGCAGCGGCGCCACGGCAGAACAGAGCACAGGCGAGAAAGUCGCGCACGCGAUCGCAGGCGGCCAGUUCAGCCACGGGACGCGCACCGCGGGGGAUGAUUGGCGGGGGGUGAAGGCGUGGGUGAGGGGGAAGGUGAAGGCGGGGGGGAGUCGGAGUCGGAGUGUUGGGGAUGGGAAGGAGGGUGAGGUUGUGCGCGUGAGGGAGGAGGAGGAGGAGGAGGAGGAGAAGGGGAAGGAAUGAGCGUGAUGAGAGCAACUGCUACUGCAACUGCGUUUGUA